GCCUACGUACGGCUCAUCAUAGACUCCACAGCUAGAAACCUCAAGAAAUAAACCUCUGCACGCACGGAGGAAGUGACUGGAUGGAGACCAAGCAGGCCGCCGAAGCGAAAUGGUCGCACGGGAAGACCAUCCCGGUGAAGAACGUUCAAGCGCUUGCCUCCGACGCGGCGGAGCUGACGGAGGAGGCCAUCAAACGGUACAUCAGGCCGGCGAGGACCAGCGACGUCGUUGCUCAUAGCAGCCAGAGCAUUCCCAUAAUCGACCUUGCCAGGCUUCUUGAUUCCCAGACCUACCGGCUGGAAGCUGACAGGCUCAAGUCUGCAUGUGAGGAGUGGGGCUUCUUCCAGGUGCAAAACCAUGGAAUUCCUGACACUGUUCUUGAGAACAUGAGGAACGACCUGGAGCACUUCUUCAGACUUCCCUUGGACGAGAAGAACAAAUUUGGGCAGCUCCCUGGAGACCUCCAAGGGUACGGUCAAGCAUUCGUUGAGUCCGAGCAUCAAACGCUGGACUGGUGUGACAGACUUUACCUGGUGACCCAGCCACCACAGGAACGCGAGAUGAGACCAUGGCCAACAACUCCUGCUUCCUUCAGGGAGUCCAUUGAAUCGUACUCCUCUGAGCUGAUGAGGGUGACUGGUUCCCUCAUGGGAAUCAUCGCUAGAAACCUAGGCGUUGAGCUCGACCGAGAUACAUACGCGAAUCAGGCAUUGAGGAUGACAUACUACCCUGCAUGCCCCGUGGCUCAUGACAAGGUCUUGGGGAUUUCACCGCAUUCCGACAUUUCUAUUCUGACGCUGGUGUGGGAGCUGAAUCUGGUAGAAGGGCUCCAGAUCAAGAGACAAGAUGCAUGGGUUCCAGUAAAGCCCCACCCAAAGGCAUUGGUAGUGAAUGUUGGUGACUUUCUGGAGAUAUUGACAAAUGGGAAGUACCAGAGCAUCGAGCACAGGGUCGCCAUUAAUCCUCACAAAGAGAGGAUGUCCAUUUCUGCGUUCCACCUCCCAAAGUACGAUAUGAGCGUGGGUCCGAUUUCUGAAAUUCUAGCUGGAGGAGAGCUCAAGAAAUACAAGACACUCAGAGUGGACGAGGUUGCUAAAGUUGUUUUCUCGAGCAAACUGGACGGCAAGAAAACCAAGGAGUACGCUAUGUUUAGCGUGUGACUCUACAGGCGCAGAAAUUCCUACUACAUCGAUCCGUACUAUAAAUAAGAUAGCUAAGCUCGAAACAUUUGCGA